CAGGGUAGUAUACACACUUUCUACUAGCGAGAUGGCAGAGUCAAGUAAAAACGAAAAAGAUGGGAAGACACCAGCAUCCAAGGCCUCAGAAUUACCUGUGAAUAAUUUAUUUUUUUUAUUAAUUUUUUUUUAAAGUCUUUGAUCGAUAUUCUUUAUUUGAUGAAUUUUUUUAAAAUUAAAACAAAAAUAUAUUGUAAGCUAAAUAUUGUAAGCUAACACAGUAAUCAUUGCAGACUACACUCACAUGAUUUAUCCAGACAAAGAACCACUCUGAGCGAGACCCCCCGAAGAGGCGACAGUUCAAAUCAAACACAGGUGUAAUCAAUCAAAUCAAACACAGGUGUAAUCAAUCAAAUCAAACACAGGUGUAAUCAAUCAAAUCAAACACAGGUGUAAUCAAUCAAAUCAAACACAGGUGUAAUCAAUCAAAUCAAACACAGGUGUAAUCAAUCAAAUCAAACACAGGUGUAAUCAAUCAAAUCAAACACAGGUGUAAUCAAUCAAAUCAAACAAAGGUGUAAUCAAUCAAAUCAAACACAGGUGUAAUCAAUCAAAUCAAACACAGGUGUAAUCAAUGUUAGGUUAUUAACGUUGCACUACUGAACUGUGCUGAGAGACUGUUCCAGCAGAAUGCCCGGAUGAAUGAAGCAGCUCUAUGAAAGACUGUCCCAGCAGAAUGCCCGGAUGAAUGAAGCAGCUCUAUGAAAGACUGUCCCAGCGGAAUGCCCGGAUGAAUGAAGCAGCUCUAUGAAAGACUGUCCCAGCAGAAUGCCCGGAUGAAUGAAGCAGCUCUAUGAAAGACUGUCCCAGCGGAAUGCCCGGAUGAAUGAAGCAGCUCUAUGAAAGACUGUCCCAGCGGAAUGCCCGGAUGAAUGAAGCAGCUCUAUGAAAGACUGUCCCAGCGGAAUGCCCGGAUGAAUGAAGCAACUCUAUGAAAGACUGUCCCACCGGAAUGCCCGGAUGAAUGAAGCAAUUCUAUGAAAGACUGUCCCAGCGGAAUGCCCGGAUGAAUGAAGCAGCUCUAUGAAUGUAUCACCGCCAUUUAAAUGACAAGCCCUAUUAAGAGGAUUUGAUCAGUUGUCGUUACCAGGGGCGGAGGUUUCUUUCUUUUUUUUUUUACAGGAAUAGGUGGGUGGGGGGUCCAACCUUUAGCCAUAGUUUCAGCACUCAAUAGGGCUGUCUUUUACUGCUUUAUAAAACUUAAAUAUUUUUGACGCCAGCCGAGGGGUCUAGAUCCCGGGUCCCCCCUCUCCCGGGCCCGCCAGCUACGCCCCUGGUCGGUACGAUAUCAAAGAGAAUCGCCUCCAAAAGAGAAAAUUAAUUUACAGUUAAUUCUUUUCGGUCCAGUUUUUUCAAAGACCUCCCCCCCCCCUCCUUUAGUCCAACAUAUAACUUUAGUCACAGAACCUUAAUCAUUUUAAUCUGCUUUUUUGCAAUUGAAAUUUCCGACAAAAUCAUUGGGGCUGGAAGAGAUGUGGGGGUGGGGGGAUAAAAUCCAACCUGGAAGUUUUAGAAGUUGUGUGCCUUUAUUUUGGGCAUAUUUAGUUUCUUUAGGCAAACAACAGAUCAGUUUCAGCACUCACCCGGCUCUUCCUUGCCCUCCUAACCUAAUGCACAAAAGUACUCCACCAAUGAGAUAAUGGUCUGUGCUUCCAGGCACCCGAGGUGGUCACCGAACAACCAGUGCCCGCCCCACCCCAGUACAACCAGGUGGGCCCCACGCCUUACAUGGCCCCGAUGACCUCCAUGGGGCCCGGGGCUCAAACGAUGAGUCAUUCAACUAACGUCACCAUCGUACAGCAGCAGCCGCAGCGAGCGCAGCCCCGUCAGUGGGACACAGGCCUGUGUGACUGCUGCAGCGACAUGAACGUCUGUAAGUGAAAUGUAAUCGUUGUGUAAGGCUUGGUGUUUUUUUUUUUUGAUUAAAGUAACUCUUGGUGUUUUUCUGAUGUAAGUAAUUCUUGGCGUUUUUCUGAUGUAAGUAGUUCUUGGUGUUUUUCUGGUGUAAGUAGUUCUUGGUGUUUUUCUGAUGUAAGUAUUUCUUGUUUUUUUAUGUAAGUAAUUCUUGUUGUUUUUCUGAUGUAAGUAAUUCUUGGUUUUCUGAUGUAAGUAAUUCUUGGUGUUUUUCUGAUGUAAGUUUUUUUUUCUGUAAAAAGCUUGGUGUUUUUCUGAUGUUGUGUUGGUGUUUUUCUGAUGUUGUCUUGGUGUCUUCUCAUGUAAUUCUUGAUGUUUUCGUAUGUUAGAAUUUGUACUUUUUUUUUUUUUUAAAUUUGUCUGGCUUUCAACUAUAUCUAUUUUAUUUAAAACCCCAACCACUGUCAAGGUCUCUUGGGGAUGUGCUGCUACCCAUGUCUCGAGUGCAAGGUAGCCACUGAUAUGAACGAGUCGUGCUGCUUGCCAUACUGCGUGCCAGGAUGGAUGAUUGUCCUCAGGACCAAGAUAAGAACAGAGCGCAACAUCGCGGUGAGUGAAAGGGGAAUCUUUCAGUAGGCUUUCAGGGUACGAGGAAAUGUGUGAACUGAAAUAAACAUGGGAGAGGGAGAGCCAUUCAGACCACUUUCAUUUCAAAGAAGGUGAUACGCUGGUGGUUGGUGUAGAUUCUGACGAAUUUCAAGACAGCGUCAAAAAUGUAUCCGAAACACAAAGAGAAAUAGAAUACCUUGGAGCGUUGCACAAGAUAUCGGAUCGGAACAUCUGCGAGGUGAAACGUCUAAAAAUAACUAGAAAUUGAAGAAGAUAACCAGGAAUUGAAGGUGAUAACUGAAUUGAAUGAGAUCAGUAGGAAUUGAGGGAGAUAACUGGGAGUUGAAGGAGAUUACCAGGAAUUGAAGGAAAUAAAUAGGAAUAUGAAGGAAGCGUGGGAAAUUUAACGAUCAAUUCUACGGUUAUUAUGGGCUUAAGUAUUAACAUAUAUUAUAGCAUAAUCUAUUAAAUUUCGAGGCGGUUUUUAAUGAACAGUGGUUUUAUUCUUGGAAUCGUCAACAUAGUUUUUUAGAGAAAAAAAAACAACGAUAUUAUGUUUUGAUUUUUGCCAUCCCGCCAAUCCACAGGGUUCCGUGAUGAACGACUGCAGCGUCGUCUGCACGUGCCCGAUGCUGGCACUGUGCCAGCUCGCCAGGGAGGCCAACAUCGCAAGAGCGGAGCAGAGGGCCAGGCCAGUGUAGCGGGUCUGCCCCGUAGCCCGUGAUGAACUGGAAAAAAAAAAAAACAACAUCCGGACACAAUGCGAUCAAAGAACUACAAUUAAAAUUUCACAUAUACAUAUUUUUUUUUAAAUACAAUCGUUAAUUCGUGUAUUGAUUUGAAGCAACAUACUUCGCUAUACAGCCAUGCAGCUAUUCAGCUAUAUACCUUUGUUUAAAACAUGGCUUAUGAGGAAAAUUUACUUGAUUUUAUAGUUAGAAAAGUGCGGAUGGUGUUGAUCCACUUCACUUUUUUUUUUUUUUGGUUAAAUACAAGUACUCAAUAUUAAGAUUCUAGAUCUUUUUUUUUAAUAAAGAAAAAUGUUAAGAAAAAUAUUUAGAGAGUCAGAGGUUGCAUAGGUUGUUUAUAAAAAGAAAUCAACACGUGGAUUGUUACUAUAACACUUCUUAAUGUUCUGUGAUAAACUGUAUGUUAUUUUUUAUUAUGUCUCUUUGCAAUUUUAAUUAACUAAUCUUUUUUGUACAGUGUGUGCAACAUUAUUAUUGCUUUCUAUUUAUAGAAACAGAUUUGUUAAAUGAAUAAAAUUAAAUAGAGUAGUUCAAUAAUAUAUAUCUAUAUUGUUUAUGCCCAAUUUUUUGGCUCCAUUUUGCAGCUACUGGGAUUUCAGGGUUCACGUCACGGCUCUGGAUGACUGGAAACAGAAACAAACUAGAAAGUCUUUGGCCAAUACUUUAAAUCUUUUUGUUAUUGCUGUUGCUAUAUUGCGUUUGUGUGUUUGUGUCGUUUCUCAAGUGCUCACCAACACUGUGUUUUUUAUUCCCACAUGGUAAUAUGUUUGGGAUGUUGACAAGCAUGGCACAGUACGAACACUGUCACAACAUUGGGCUGAGCCGUGGCGUGUAAAGGAGAGGACGCCUCCAAUCAGUUGAUAGACAGAUAGUGUCAGUAGUGUCUAAGGGCUCGGCCAUCAGAUUUCGUUCUUAUAGUCAAGAAAGCGUAAGAUCCCACCAUCUAGAUUUUGGCAAGAAUUAAAUGGUAGAUCUGAUAUCGCCUUGGACUGUUUGUAAUCGAUCAAACGGGCCACCGAAAAAUCACAUUUUUUCUUGGUGGGUUGGGUUUUAUGACUGACUCUAACAUUAUUUGGGGCGCUGUUUCCGAACAAUGCACUAUUUUUUUUUGUAACAGCACUAGUUUUUAAGAUAUGGUUCAAUUUAUAAAAUUUUAGUACUCUUUAUAAGAUGUUUUAUUGAAAAUGGUAAUGUCAUAACAAAAAUUCUUAUUGAUAUGGGAAAAUGUAAUUAUUUAAUUUUCACACAUUUUGUGUUUGUGUAAAGACCUUUUUUCUACUUCCUUUCUAUAAUACAAAAGGGCCGGCGCCUGCGAUGGCGUUGCCGUAGUAUAUUUAUAAUAUACCUAAGCCUGCUAAUAAUUCCUAAUCCGGUCAACACAAUAUUAGGAGUUAUUAGAUAAUCAAAUAGUCUGAAGGUCAGUCUGGCUCCCAUACUAUCCUUUCAAAAUGAAUCUCGGGAAGACAUCUGGGCGCAUGUUAACCAGGCGAAAGUGGAUUAUCAUGGACUAUAACGUGUCUUAAUAUCCUAUCGGCGGAAUAUAUAACGUCAACGGCCCCGCAAAAUUCAAUUUGCCCAAGGCCCCGCACCCUCCUAGCGCCAGCCCUGAAUGCACUUUGCACACUGGCAUAAAAUUGUCAAAGACGAAGGACGAAGUCGAUUUUGCUCUAUUUCAUUAACUGACUAGCAAUUAUACCCGGCUUUGCUGGGGUUGCAUUCGGGAAAAAAAAAUUAAGCGUUAACAGCGUAUACAUAAAUUUAGGACGCUGUCAACAACACUUCGCUAAAUAGCCGAUAAAAUAUGUAAAAUUUUCUCCUACAAAAAGUGCAAUUUAUAAUAACUUUUGUAAACAUUUAUUGGGUGGGGGGCAUUUAGUGCCCUUUUAUUUAUCCCUAAGAACAAUGAAAAUCAUUCAAAUAAAUAAACAAGUGGGUUUUUUUUCAAACGUAUUCCAUUAC